CGGAGGGAAGAGGGGUCGGUGGUGUCGGCGGUGAGGAUGGGGAUCUGUGGCGGUGGGUUCGGGUGGGAGGCCCAUUCGAGAGCUUGGGCUAGUUUAGACGGGCUUCGACCUGCUAGUGCCAGGGACGUCAAUGGAGAGGACGGUACAUUGAGGAACUUGAGGGCCUCCCGAAUGACGUACUUUCCGGUGAAACCAGAGGCUCCGAAUAUGACGAUGUCGUAGGUUGUCUGUUCGUCUUCCAUUUCUGGCAUUUCAGUGGUAUCAGAGAGACGACUGAGGGCGACGAUCGAGUGAGAUUUAUGGAAUCAAGACUCUAAAUUUGGCAAGUGAAAAACCGUUUGGUUCUCAUUGAAGCAGAAUUUGCAUGUACAGGAAAGACUUAUCAAAUCGGGGUUUCGACUUUUGCCGUCCGCGCGGCGGUGUGUGUUGGAGCACUGCGGAAGGCUUUCAGCGGCGGAACGACAUAGCUUUACUAUGAAGACCGAUGGAUACGAUCUCGCAGGAACCGAGGAGGGAAGACCGAGAGACAUCUCAUGAGGAGGAAGGCUCGGUAGACAAGUUGGUUGAGAAAUAUGUGGGUCUGGACAUUGGUGAAGCCUCAGACGAGCUGGUGAUUGACGAUGAAGAAGAAGGGGCUACGGCGAUGGAGGAAAAUUGGUCGGCAGAAUUUCCGAUGAUAGGAACGAUCCUUACGAACAAAGUGGUUCGGUUUCAGAUCUUUAAGGAUCUCAUGGGGGGGGGGGGGGGGGGGCUUGUGACGCCCGGGCAAAGGGGUCUCGAUUAAGGAGACCGGAGAAAUGAGGUACCAUUUUAAAAAAAAUUCACUCUGUUGACAUGAACCGUGUACUGGACAAUGUUCAAUGGUUGUUUGAACAGAAUAUGUUAGUGUUAAGGGCCAUCAAGCCAGGGGGUAUUCCGUUUAAUGUCUCUUUGGAUUCAGUUGAGUUCUGGGUACAAGUACACAAUGUGUCGUAUAGUUACGCAAACAUUGGAACUGCUAUGAGAAUUGGAAAUUAUCUUGGGGAAUUUGUCAGGUGUGAUGAUAACCUGUUUGAUGAAAAAUGGGAAGUUUACAUGAGGGUUAGAGUUCGUAUGGAUAUAGGAAAACCCUUGAAAAUUGGUACUACAAUUAGGAAAAGUAAAGGGGAAGGGAAUUGGGUUGACUUUAAAAUAUGAAAAACUUCUAAGUUUUUGUUUUGUCUGUGGAGUUAUUGGACAUGCAGAGAUUUUUUGCCCCUAUUGUAUGAAAAAGGAGGCCAGGAAUUGACUAAGUCAGUAAGUCGUUUGGCCCGUGGCUACGGGGGAGGAAGGAAGGUUGACCAUCCAUGAAAAGUAAGUGGCUGGUUACGGAAGGAAGCUCUUCAGCAAAUGGCAGUAACAAGACACGUAUAGAUAUGUCAACUCAGUUUCAGGACCCAGCUGACACGGGAUAGUAAUCAGGGAUGGAUGGUAGCUACUACCAAUCCAGAAGCGGCUUAGACGGGAGGAGGUGCAGGAGAGCAAGAGAGAAGACAUACAUGGGAGGAACAAGAACAAGGGGAUGAGGUGGGGGAGACAAUGACCCUUUAUGACCCAAAAAACGGGAAAGGGGCAUGCUCUGAGUCCCAGGCUCGCCAGAGCUACGGAGGCUGCUAACAGCCAUGAUGGUUGAAAGACACCUUUAUUAUGCUUGCUUGACGUUUUUUAUUUUCGUAAUGUUUUGGAUUUGUACUUUGCUUUUGUUGUGUUGUGUUUUUUCAGGAAAAAAAAACUUUAGAACUUAGGACAGGGGACGAGGAGUGUGGUCUGCAAGUCAUUGACUCAGUUAAGCUCAAAACGAGAUCAACGAAUUAUAUUGCUUCUACGGAGAUAAUUAAUUCUAAGUCUGAUUCUAUGGUGGACGACAGACAGAAGACUUUUUGUCAUUUUGUAACCUGUGCUUACGUUCUGUUACGAUAAAUUAAGCCACUUUCGUUCAAAAAAAACGAAGAACAAUAUGGAUAAUAUGGGUAAUAUGGGGUAUUCAGACAUAUAAUAAAGGAUUUUAAAGCAUAUUGGAUUUCAUGGAUUUGAAUGGAAUUCCCAUAUCUUUUGAGAUUCUCUUUUCCAAAUCCACUGGCCUUGGACAACCGGCGUAAUUGAUCCUCCUUCUCCACAGUCCAAGCCUCCAAGUCUCUGCCUUUGGCUCCAAUCCUCUGCCUCCUCGCCUUCAACUCCACGCCUCGCAGGAGUCGCAAUGGGGCUAGCCUCCGACUCGAAAGAAAUCCGUAGAAAUCCCAGGAGAUGGGUCAAAUAGUCACGAGACCGGGGGUCCAAGUCUAUAUACUCUAUCAGGAGUCUCCACACUCCUUGAGGCGAGAGUACUCGAGGUGAAAGAGAGUAGAAUAAUGUCCUGACUUGUCGUCUGGUGGAGUAAACUUUUGUCGUUGUUGAGGUGUCAUGCCCGUAUUCCUAAGCCGUUGAUUCAUUCUCAUUGGCGAGCCCUGAUCGAGGCAACCUUGUGGGAGAAUCCUUUGCACAAGGUCACAUACUAAAGAUCAUCACAACGGAUCUUGGGGUUGAGGGGCCAUGUGUAUGUACUUCUUGGUUGCCACACUUCUUUGGUUGGAAGAUUUCUGAUUUGCAGACACUAACCAUUUGUAGCUAUAUUUUGGUUAGAUAAAUCAUGGUUGAAUAAUACUUUGUUUUUGGAUAGAUCAAUGGAUGUAUUUUUUUUGGAACAACUAAUAUGUCAAUGUUUGACAAAUUCUUCUACUAUUAGCCGGUUGUUAUUGGAUGCUAUUAGUUGUUUUUUAUCCAUAUUGAAAUAUUGUGGAGCAAUAUAUUGUUUAAUCUACGAUGGAAAACUUCAUUAUAUUUGAUGUAAGCCUGGAUGAACUGCAAUUAGUCUCA